UCCAACACUCCGCCCCUCGGCGCUCUCAAAUCUUUGCAUAAAUAUUGUAAGCUUUAAGCUGAGGACUCACAGCACAAAGUCACGAAGAGUAUUGUACUGAGAAAUACGUCUUUUUUAUUCCUUUAAUAAGUUCAUCCAGAAUUCGCUGGCAACCUCUGCGAUUUUGCUAACUUAUAUGUGGCAGUGUUAUGUUAAGGGCACCAGAUGCUCUGUGCUCUUCGCUACUUUUCUGUUGAAGUGAGGCGCAUCUUUUGCUGCUUCAGGCUUUUGUGUGUAUUCAGAUCCCUGGACUAAGAACAGAGCAUUUGCUUUUCAUUGUGUUUUAUUUAUUACUAUUAUCGUUAACCGAAAUAUCACAACGUUGUACCUGGCUACAACAACACGCCGAAACAUUUACGGAUUUGUAUGCAAUCAUCUAUCUGGGGUUGUUCAGGACCAGUUGUCAACUCAUCACAAAGACAGCGGGAUUUUAAAAACUGUACACGACUGCUUCAGCCGAAACGAUGAGCAAACCUGCAGGAUCAACAAGUCGUAUUUUGGACAUUCCGUGUAAAGUGUGUGGUGACAGGAGCUCAGGAAAGCACUACGGUGUUUAUGCUUGCGACGGCUGUUCUGGGUUUUUUAAACGAAGUAUUAGAAGAAAUCGGACCUAUGUCUGCAAAUCUGGUAAUCAGGGAGGCUGCCCUGUGGAUAAGACUCACAGAAAUCAAUGCAGAGCCUGCCGAUUGAAAAAGUGUCUGGAAGCUAACAUGAACAAAGACGCUGUGCAACAUGAAAGGGGUCCCAGGACGUCAACUAUACGAAAGCAAGUGGCACUGUACUUCAGAGGACACAAGGAGGUCAGUGGCGCGACGUCUCACUUUUCAUCCAACGCUAUACCUGGCCAAGCUUUCUUCACGGCAGUCACCCAGAUAGAACCACACAACCUGGAGCUUGCUACUGUUUCCAGCACCCCAGAACGGCAGACCAUCGUAGGACUGGCACAACCCACCCCUAAGUAUCCACAUGAAGUGAGCGCCGCACCAAUGUAUCUGUAUGAAGUAGCCACGGAAUCAGUGUGCGAGUCAGCGGCAAGACUAUUGUUCAUGAGCAUCAAAUGGGCAAAAAGUGUACCAGCAUUUUCUACUCUGCCUUUACAAGAUCAAUUAAUUCUUUUGGAAGAGGCCUGGAGAGAGCUGUUUGUUCUCGGAAUUGCACAGUGGGCUAUCCCGAUUGAUUCCAACACUCUACUGGCGGUUUCUGGCAUGAGCACAGAGAACACGGACUCUCAGAGAUUAAACAAAAUUAUUACAGAAAUCCAAGCCCUGCAAGAGGUAGUUGGCAGAUUCAGACAACUUCGACUGGACGCCACAGAAUUCGCUUGCCUCAAGUGUAUUGUCACGUUCAAAGCUGUGCCCACCCACACCGGUUCAGAGCUACGGACCUUUCGCAAUGCGUCGGCUGUUGCCUCACUGCAGGAUGAAGCACAGCUGACCUUGAACAGCUAUAUACACACACGGUAUCCAACACAGCCUUGUCGGUUUGGAAAACUGCUGUUACUUCUGCCAGCUUUAAGAUCAGUAAGCCCCUCCACCAUUGAAGAGGUCUUCUUUAAGAAAACGAUAGGAAACGUACCAAUCACGAGGCUGCUUUCUGACAUGUACAAAUCCAGCGAUAUUUGAACAUGAAUGGUUAGUGUUUCAUAUGUCAACAGAGACGUGUGUCCCCAAAUCAGAGGAAAAAAUAAAUGUAUCUUUCUGACAGACUUUUUGCUGUUGACGAUAUUAACAGUAAUUUAUUCAACAACAUGAAAUGUUUUGCUUGGAGAUGAGAGAAAUUACAUUCACCAUUUGUUCUGAAUUUUUGAGCGAACAGAUCUGUUAGUUGAAUCAAUCGAAGUUCCGGUCUGGGUUUUUUUUUUCAGCCAAACUGAAGCAGAAAGUUGGGAAGGACUGUCUGGUAACAGUAUGCAGACGUGCAGAACCAUUUAACUUAGAAUAGUGAAUGGUUUUCAGACACGUGUAACGUUUUUUUGAAGGAAGACGCUUUCAUUUUCAGAACAUUGCAAAACCUGAUUGUAAAUGUAUUGCGUUGAUCUAUAUUGUGUGACACAACAGUAAGGUUUGUGAUAUACCUGAAUAUUAAAGAUACAAUUCAUUCUGAAUUCGAAGAGAGGUAUACUGUAGUUAGUUUUAUAUGUUUUGUUGUGUGUGUGUGUAUGUGUGUGUGGGUGUGUGUGGGUGUGUGUGUGUGUGUGACUUACUCCUGUUUGCUAUAUGGAAAAUUAACUCGCAUCUCAAAGGCAGACAAGCUUUACAAUCAGCGUGUAUUUUCAGUGUAUAAUAUACAGCAAAAGAAACCAAAUAAAGUAGAACAUGUUUGCUCCAGUCAGCUAGUCGCUGUCCUUGACACAGUGCUGAAACCAAAGGCAAUACUUUUGGAGAACGCUGAGGUGUGUGGAAAGGGCGUGCUGUGCCAAAUACAUGGCAUGGUUCAUGCCGGGACUGUUUCUGAGGAUUGGACAGAAGACACAGCUAUGAUAUUCUUUUUGCCUUCAGUCAGUACUUUGACAAGUUUAAUGAUGUAAAAGCAGCUGCAGGCAAAAUAUUGCUUUUUAUUUAAAAAAAAAAAAGUUUUUUGCGCUGAUGUGGCAGCCUGAACAUUGUUGUAUUGUAAGUACUGUAGACACUAGCACUGAGAAAUUCAGCACUUAGACUUUGAUAGAAUGUUAAAUUGUUUUGAUGUACAAAAAGUGAAGUAUUAACUGACUUGUGAAAUAAGUACUGUUGUAUAUGAUUAGAAUAAAUAAUAUUGA